AUGGAGGCGGCAACGGAGCAUUUCCGCACUUUACUACGUGCGUGCGUGGGCGUGAGUGCCGCGGCAGCGGCCUUUACAGAUAUCCAAGACUUUACUACUCGUGUGCAAAAUGUUGAUCCAUCUAUUGGUCUUACCAGUGAGGAAUUACGGUAUUGGGAUUUUCUCUGUAAAGAGUCUCUCUCAUUGGUCGAAACGUUUGCGUUCUUACUCGCUAGUACAAACAUUUCUACCAAUAAAAUGCUGAGUCUAUUACGAAUAUUGUUACUUCAUCCAUCGUUGCACUGUUCCGGGCUUGUACGAUUCGUGCGAAUGACGUUCAAAGGCUUUAAAUUGACCAAGCGCUGGGAUACUUUAAAUGUUGUUUCAACUCAAUUACUGGACGCUAUUUACGCAAAAAUACUGCAAAAGGAUACUCGAGAAGAAGCAUUAGGGUUGUAUAUUGAAGUCCUUUCAGGGUUUCAGCAUUCGGCCGAACUGUAUGAAAAAAAUGUGAUGAAACUUGUGAAAUUGGCGGAAUUAUUCGGUACAGAGGACAGUGAGGAGAAGAAAGAGAUGGUGCAUGAUUUAUUAGUGCUAUGUGCUGCUCUGGAACAUUGCCAUCGAGGCUAUGAAGCUGAAGCCAUGACGCUUCGUAGAGCCAUGCGCGUGAAUUUUGGAUCUCAUGUGGCUCGACCUACAGCUGCUGAAGCUGAAAGAUUGUUGCGAGCCAGUGCAUGGGUGCUUUCGGUGGAUAAAUUGCAUGCCAUGCUGCCUUCAAUAGAAGGAAAAUGGAUCACGGAUGAGUUUGUUGGUGAUCAACAUGGCAGUGGAGGUCUCGUAAACGCAGGCUCAGUAUUGUUGAAAGCGACGAUAAACUGCUUUGCACAUGAAGUGAAGGCGACGAUGGUGGACCCGAAAUUAAAGCAUAAAAUGGAGCUGACAGGGUGUUUACUCCAGCGAAUGCCGGAGAUGCAGGUGUUGUUGUCAUAUCCCGAGUCGAUCGAAGCUUCGACGUGGGAACUUGAAGGACAUUGGAGGCAGUUGUAUGACGAGAAAACUUUUGCAACGGCAAUUACAUCGAUGGCUUCGAUUUCAGUGCCGACUUGGAACUGUCGAGCGUGUACGAUGAACAACGAAGAUAGCGCCACGAGUUGCACGACUUGUGGAACAGAGCGACCGGUGGAUGUCAAUGCGCCAACGUUCCCUAGCAGUACCAAAGGGAGCAACCCUGCGCCGUUCUCAGCAGUAUUUAGCUCAGAUUUGUCAUUUAUGCGCAUGCGAUGGUCGCGUGGCGAGCAGCAGGGGGUAUGGCUUGCACGGAAACAGAUUAUCGAUACUUCUUUUGACCUGGCAACGUCUCUAGUAGCCGCAAAUGACGCAAUGAUGGAUUCAACCGACUUACCAGCGUUUGUUUUUUCUCCAGAAGGAAAUCCAGCCAGUACUUUAGUGCUGGAGCGAGCAUUGCUAUCAACGUCAGAUCAUACCGAGUUUACUGUUCAAGUGUGGAUUCGCCCGGAGCGUUUGCCUUCAGGAAACAAAGCUCAAGUGGUGUUGGCUAAUGGGUAUGAUUUUAAACUAUUAUUGACGAGCGCUGGGUAUUUGGUGUGGGAGAUAGCAGGAGCUCGUUGUGUUGUAACGUCUCGUGACACUGUGCAGUAUGGCGUAUUCUGCCACGUGACACUUUCAUUUGGCCAAGACAGGGUGGUGCUUCUGAUUAACGACCUGAUGGCAGGCGAAACUGCAAAACCUAAUGAUGUAGGUCCUUCUGCACCAGAAGCAUCGCUGCUUACUAUCGGUGGCAGCUUUGAAAGCUGUGAUUCGCAUGAAAAAGGAAGAGCGCCGAGCUGUUUUUAUGGACAGAUACUCGACCUGCGCAUUUGGUCGACGCAGCUAUCCAAAUUGAAUGAACAUUGGAGUAUUUGGGACGCCUUAACUGGUCGAGAAGAACAUCUCGUGGGAUAUUAUCCACUUGUCGGUGACUCGGAGCGAUUACUGAUGGAUUUAUCGAACCAUGAAAACCAUGCAUGCGUAUUUGAAGGAUAUCAGUCAAACGAUGCUAUUCAUGAUGCAGCAAUAUCGUCGAUCCGUAAUUUUGCUCCUGCAACUCCGACAGGCACUGUCCCUGUAAAAAAUGCAUUUGCUGUAUCCCUUGGAAGCGCUUUUUUUGGCAGUGGCAAGUUCUCUUUAUCCGACGGCUCAAGUGAAGGAGCAUGCGGUCUUUGGGUAGAUUGCAGAGAAUGUGGGGCCGCAUUAUGGCGGCAGAAUGCUGUCUGCAUUGCAAGUGGCUUUCAAUCAAGACUAUCAAUCGCGACCGCAGCGUCACGUGAAGCGCCAUCUUUACGUAAUAAUGUCAUCUUUGCGCUAUGUGAAGCCACUUUUUGGGAUCUCGUUCCGCUAUUGCCUGAAGCAGCUAUUAUAGCGCGUGUUGUGAGUGACGAUGGGAGGUCGUCAGUUCAGCAUUUUGAUGGCUCUGCAAUGUUGAUCAACGUUAGCUCAGACGUUGUAGCGCCUGGGAUUGUAAUGUACGACUUAGGGCUGUACAUUUGGUCGAAAAAGCAGGGCAACCCUUUGUCUCGCGUAUUCCGCAUUGCUGGAGGUCCUUCUACCUCCCCGUCCGACAUUCAAAUUAAGUACGAGUUACCAGCGCGUAUUUUAUCAGUCGCCAUUGGUGGCGUUGGCGUGGUAUUUGAAGUUGCAGUGGAUCUUGAGCUUGCACUCCGUAUGGAGCCAGGCAGUCCAGUCCGUGCUGGUUUAGUAUUCCCUGCACACAAGGGCUCGUCCAGCCAGCAAAGCACAGUCGGGCUAAGGAUAUGGACGUUUGAAUCGUUUCAUACUAAUUUGCUAAAGGACGCCGCAAACUCAAUUUUGGGAACAGUAUAUUCCCCUCUUCAACCAGAAGGCUCAAAUGGUGACAAUAGUAAGGUCAGUACUGACAGUGAGACCAUUAUGUGCACCAGGGUAAGCACGGAUGGCAGCGCCAUUGCACAAGAGUCACAUGGUUGUCAAACGUGCAGUUUGGUGCAUGAUAAUAGUCUCUGCCGGGUUUGUGCUGCCGUUUGUCACGAAGGUCACGAGCUAAUUGCGCUGGGCGUGACCACGACAGCUUGUGCUUGUCAUGUCCGUGGUAGUGGCCUUUGUCGAUGCAAUAGAGCUGUCGAAGUCUCUAAUUUUCCGAUGCUUAACCGGCCCGUGAACGCAUCCCUAUGGAGAUGCAGCAAGUGCACAGUGAUAAAUAGCAUGGAUCUCAAGCAAUGCAGUGUAUGCGGCAACAAUAUACCCGAGCUAAAUGCUAGUGUCAGUCCUGCACCACCAGAGUCCACCUCCACAGUAUUGGCGCUGGUUGAACAGUCAAAAUCUGCGGCGGAUUGGUCGUGUAAAGCGUGUACGAUGUUCAAUAACGCAACUGCUACAAAGUGCUCUGUCUGCGAUACCCCGAGACCGAAGCAAGCUGAACCUGAAGUUGCUGUAGUUAAAAAGGAGGAAAACAGUAACAACGGACUUACGACUCUUUACUACGCGGCAGAGGAUGCAGCAAAGCAAGAUCAUCCAAUGGCGAUACAGCCUACUAGUUCUUGGAUUUGUUCGGCAUGCACGAUGGAAAAUGAAGCUUCAGAUACAACAUGUCACAUGUGCGCAACGAUACGGGAGAUCCCUGUUGCUGCUGCUGUUGACCCCUCUGUAGUGGCGGUGGCGUUGCCUGCUCCUAAGCUUGAUGGUAAGCCUCCGUCUACUCCGAUAAGCAUGGACCUCGAUAGAGGGGAUCGGGUGAUCAGCUCUGAGCCUACCGUGAAUUUGCACGCUUUUAAGCUUAAGAACAUAAAGUAUCUGGAAGAGUACAAGCGCACGGCAGCUCUUGCAUUCAGCCACUUGUCAGAAGUUGGAAUCAUGCACGACUCGGUGUGGGAAACUACCGGGGGCAAGAUGCAUGUUGUGCUCGACAAUAGCUUUGUAGGUGAGUAUAUUCGCGGCACUUAUUUGGAGAAGGAUGGAAAAUUGAGCGGGCUUGCUCGGCUGACGGAGGAAGGAGUAUGGAAACUUGAUGGCAAAUUUAAGAAAGCUAGUCAAACCCAAUUUAAUGCAUGCACGCUUUACUGGGACAAAUCAGCUUCUCGGUUCGACGGAAAAUGGUAUCGUGGCGAUGGGUCGGGUGAUUGGAAGUGCCUUGCGUCACCUUACGCAUCGGACUUUUGCGGACUGGCUCCGAUAGACCCGGUAAAAAAGCCGAAUGAGUUUCAGCCAUACUACGCGGGUAUGGUGAACAUGAAUCAGAAUUUGACGAACGUGUGCUACCAGAAUAGUUUUCUUCAAACUCUUUAUAUGACUCAAGACUUCCGGCGCUUAAUUUUGUCGUGCAACGCUCAAAACUAUUUGGCACCGUAUGUAGAGAACAAAAUGAGUGGUGGAAACAUUUUGACAACAGUACAAGAUUUAUUUGCUCAGAUGACUGCUUCGCAAAGGCCCUACAUAGCCGCGCACGCCUUACAGCAAUGCCUCCCCGUUGAGUUUAAGAACGGUCGUCAGCAAGACACCUCGGACUUUGCACAUUUCUUGAUUGAGUCUCUUAGCCAACAACUUAGCCAGCAUGAGGACACUACGGACGACAUCCCAUCAAUUUUCGGUGGUCAUCAAGCAACAAUUUUGGCGUGCAAGACGUGUGGCAAGAAAUCUGUAAACCAGGAGUAUUUUUGGGAAUUGUUGUUGAACAUGAUUGAUUUACGUUAUACGCCUAUCACCAGCAUUUCCGCAGUGAGUGGAUCUUCAAUGGAUAUCCAUACCCCAGAGGGUUACGAGCGUUUAAACACUGAUUUGAACAAGGAUCGCACGGGCGCACCAUACGUGUAUUUGUGCGUAAAGCGAUGUCCAGAACGUGCGAUUACUGAUAGUUCGAUGGAAGUUGAUAGUGAACGAGUCAUGGCAGUUACGGAAUUGGUGGUAAAGGUUGUUUUGAAUACUGAUCCAAAACCUUCCAUGCCAGGAUUUGAGCGCGUGGAGCUUGAUCUUAAUGUUGGUGGUGGUGCUACUGCUGGCAUAAAGAAGCAAGUCUAUUUAUUUUUCCGUCGCGAGCCGAAUGGGUCGCCCAUUACUGAUCUACAAGUGAUCUAUGGCAAUGAAUCGAUUCCCGAUGGCUUCAAGCAAAUCCAAGUGGACCUCAACCAGGGCGAAGGCUGUAAGGUAUACUUGUGCUAUCGUUGCGAUAUGCCAAUCACGGAUCUGAAAAUUGUCAACAGCGGAAUUCCGGGGUAUCGAAUGGUGGACCACCUACUAAAUGUUAGCCAUGAAGAUGCGGCAAAGCAGUAUCUUGCACUGAAAGUUGGGGGAAAUGAACCUUGUCUGACUGACUUGAAGCUUGUUGAAGGCAGCGCUGUGUCGGCAUACGAAAAACAAGGAUGGCAGUCAAUCGGAAGUCCCUUUUCUUCAGCGCUUCUCACUGAACCUUCUUUGGAUAACGAGCCUUUUAUACCAGCACAGCUAAUGAUUCGACGUGGUCAUGGUAACCCUAUUUUUGCCAUCGAUGUAUUUCGUGCGCCCCGUCAGGUGCCUAAGUACAACGACUACGAGGUAAUCGAUCUUUUACCAGCUGAAAGCUCAGUUACGAAUGCUAUUGCUCAACUUGAGGGUGAAUGGAUGGGAACUGAAGAAACUGACCGCGGGCGGAAGGCGGUGCGGAUGCGCACUGUAUCCGAGUCAAUAUUGGAUGCGUUACUUGUGAAAGGAGUAUUAGACGAUAAAGGGGAGCUAUCUUGUAUUGCAACCCGCGUUUUGACAUGGUCGGACUCAAUUAGAGCACAUGCUGCAGGAGCUGUUGUGCCUGCUUUAUCUUCUUCAGAUGAAGUUGCGAAUUGCAACGGCAACGAUGCUCCCAAAGUUUAUCGUGUUUUUGGUUAUUGGAAGAACUCAAAAGUACCACAUGCACAACUUUUCGAUGUGGAACUACGACCUGCACCCAAUGGUGUAAGCGGUGCUUCGGGAGAUAUACUGUCACAAGCAACACUAGUGCAAUCGUAUGCCAUUGCCGGAACAAUCGGAGAUGGAAGAGGAAAAUCUAUUGUGAUUCAUGGCAUUCAAACAUCGAGACAGGUCAAGACGAAAUGGCCAAUUUCUGGAAUUGUGGUCUUACGUGGCGAUGAGCCCGUACCCGAUGGUGUCGAAGUUGUUCGCGAGACGUGUUCUGGUCGUUCAGGAAAUUUGCUGGCUCAGACCGCGUCGCCUCACUCCUUGUAUCUAGCACUGAAACGCGAGGAGGCGCCGGUCAACGGUUACAUUACAGAUGUUUGCGUGAUUUAUGGUGAAAUUGAUGUUGUCCCGGAACACUAUACGUGUAUUCAAACAACGCCUGCAGGAUAUUCUGCCAACUUGAACGAUGGUACAUCGGGUGUGCCCAUUUUCAUUUGUUUUAGACGGAGUGGCGGCGCUGCAGCAGCGAACACUGAAAGUGCGCCCUCCAAAAGUUUAAUGGAUCUCUUAUUGAUGUGGACUUCGGGUGCACAGCCUGACGCAGUUCCAACCGGGUUCACAAAAAUUCAGCACACUCCUCUUGGUAUGGAAGCUAAUUUGAAUCAAGGUACUACUGGUGUGGCAAUUCACAUCGGCGUUUCGAAAUGCGAGACGACCGAUGUUGUCAAGCCACUGGAAAAUCCUCUUAACGGCGAAUACGAAAUCACGAGCUCCCCAUUACCAGCGUUUGGUCGGUUCCUCAGUCUGUCGGUCAUAGAGGAUCUAGAAGACGCUCGUUUGGUGGAAGGCAACUUUGGUAUCGUUCUGCAUAGUCAGCUCAUUGGAUCAAUGAGUGGAAUUCUGUUCACCUCGAAACACCAGCAGGUGGACAAAAAGGACCACAAGAUUGUUGGUACGUGGAAGAUUGAGGGCCCAAUGGCCGGUGAAGCUGGCGCAAAUAUGAACAACUUCGUACCGGCAAGCUAUCCAUUCGAGCUGACCGUGAACGAGUCAGGUACAGAGUUGGAUGGGUGGUGGAGUGGUGUUGAGGUCCCUCCUGGCAAUGGAUCUAAACCAAUGGCCUCUGCUGUCACUCUAAGCAGUGGCGGAACCUCGAGCAAUACAGCAGUGUUUGGUUCGAUUCCUGCUGUUAUCGGUGGUAGGUGGAAACUGAUAAGAAACUCUUACGUGCAUGUGGCAUUCAAGAAGGACUACAGCACCGAGUGGCAAGAUGGCCAGCUUGUUUUCUCGGAGCGCGUGUGGCGCCACGAUAUUGAGUCUAUGUUGUCGCGUUUCGUCGCUACGCGCACGUUGGGAGGUGAUAAUGCACUAUUAUGCAGCGUCUGUCAGCGCAAGACCGAGUCGCGGACGCACACAGUAAUCGUUGAGCCGCCAGAGCACCUGAUUAUUACUCUAAAACGCAUGUUUUACGAUUGGAGCCAGCAAAAAGCUUGCAAGUGCCUCCAUGACGUACGAUUUCCUGCGCUAUUGACGCUACCUUCGCUAACACCUGAAGAAGAGGCUGCAGUUUAUGGUUCAAAUAGUGGUGAUGUAACAUGCGCAAAGCAGCCGAAUCAGUCGCGUCGCUAUGGUUUAUAUGGAGUGCUUGUUCACUCGGGGCUUACAGCUAACUCAGGGCACUACUACAGCUUCUGUCGGGAGAGUGACGAAAGCACGCGUCAAUUGCAUCUGGAGGACUCAUCUCUUUCUCCGUGGAUCAAGUUUAAUGACACGAAGGUAGAGCGGUCCAAUUGGAAAGAGAUCAACCGGUUGGUGGCUAGCACUGUGUCAGACACGGUUUAUUUGCUGCUCUACAAGAAGCUCUCAUACGAGCCAAUGCCUUGGAUUAGUGGCGCAGACCAAGAUGCGAAUCCCGUGGAAAACGUAAAUUCUGACGACGACGAGGCCAUGCUUUUGGCUAAGGCCAUGGCGCUAUCCAUGUCGGCGGCUAAGCACAGUCAGUAUCAACAGACUGAGGAGGACGAGGAAGAAGAAACCAAGGGCGAUUCCGAACAAUCUGGAGAAUUUGUCCGUGCUUUCGACGACUCUGGUGACCAAGACACUUCUCAAAAAGGUUGA